UUAAGUAAGUACGGAGGCGUUUGAGGCAUCAGUCAUCCUGUGAACACCAUCGAGUGACGACCUACUCUACUGCUUGUCCUGCUCCGCUUAAGAUUUUGCGCUACACCAUGGCUUCUCACGGAAUCAUAUUCUCCGCCCUCCUUGCUCUGGCCGCCCUCACGCACGCAGCUGACGCCACCCACAAAAACGACGCACGACUUUUCUACGACGACAACGACACCUCUCUCACCAUCGGCGCCGAGAGCCUCUUCUAUAUCGGGGUCAUCUUCGUCGGCAUACUCUUGUUCUCGUCUUUCCUGGGGCUCUUCGGGACAUCGGCCAAGACUGCUCAGCCCUACGACUACGCCCCCGCUACCGGUUACGGUGCCUCUGCCCCAGCCUACGAUGAGAAGACCACCUUCUCCGUCCAGCAGCUCAUUGAGGAUGCUGUCAACAAGUUCCAGUAGAGGCCGCGGACAAAAAUUAAUAUAAGGAAAACAAAAACUUUCCAACUUCUGUGAUUUUUUCCUGAUCGUCACGGAAGUUGAACCCGCGAUUGAUCUGUUAAUCGUCUGCUUAUUUUGUUCUAUUUAAUUUAUGAUGUAAAUAAAUUGUUAUGUUUA